CAAAUAUUGAAUUAAAUUACAAAAAUGAUAAUUGUACAUGACUUUUCUACAUGGAUGGACCAGUGAGCGCAGUGGUGUUUGCUGAUAAAGAGUGUGUGUCUGUGUGAUCCUCCCUCCCUGUUUAAUUUGGUCUGAUCCAUUUGUGAAUGGAUCUCCGUUAUGAACUGCUCGUGUGAGCCAUCGAUAUCCCUGCGUCUCACUGUGCAUGUCCACUUUCCUGGUCUAAAUGGUGUACAACAUUUGUAAUCAAUAAUUUGGGGCUGCUCGUUGCUCCAGCUCGUAGCAUACAAAAUGGUAGAAAACGACAUCUGAAAUGUUCUGGCUCUGUGCUUUCUCUCUGUUCACUCGUUACUACACCAGCACGCAGCGCUAUGCUCAGGGUCCACAUGUGAUAUCUAGUGUAUAUAUCGAUGCUGUCUGAAAUCAGCCCAUGAUUUAGUGUGAUGAACAUUGAUGUUCACAUCAGGUCAGUGGAUUGAACUCUCCAUUCCUCUUAUAGCAGUGCUUCAGCGACUCCUCUGUCAACACCACAUCCACCUCCAGCAGGUUUAUCAGCACCAUUAACACCUCAAAUGAUGAAAACACAUGAAGAGCUGUGAACACUUCACUAGUGAUCCUCUAGCUUCGUGAUUUAGAGAUCAUGUCUAUAUAGUGUGUAUGGUGUUGAUAUAAUGCAGCUUUUUGAAACUGUUCUCAGAGCAGUGAGAAGCUCUUCAGAGAAGUGUGACCUGUUGAGGUCAGUAUCAGAAUAAUAGUCCUGAAUGAGUAACCAGACUCCUGGAAUCAUUAAGAGCUGAACUCUCACACACAGAGACCGUUAUAGCUGAAGAUCUCAUGUCCAUAACUUACACUGAUCAGUUAAAGAGACAGAAAGACCCCAUGGCUGAUCUCAGAUCAGUGAACCGCUGAUACUGCACUACUGAUGCUGUUAUGAUCACUUCAUACACCACCGUCCUGCUCUUCCAUAAGCGUUUGGGGAUGUUAUGGAACAAGGGAAGUGUUACAGGUGAGUUUUCCAUUUCAUCUGCUCGACCUCUGCAGUUACUGAAUAUUUUCCUAAUACAUCAUUGUGGAGGUGUGUACUGCUGGCCUGGAGGAGUUCUGUCCGCUAGUGUUUGACCAAUACCAUUCUGUAAAGGGCACCUAUUAUGCUAAUUUUAUUUAUGCUGGUUUUACACACAGUAGUAUGUGUGUGUGUGUGUGUGUGUGUGUCAGCAGUGUGUGAAUAUCUUCAGCCUCUAAUGCUCAACAUGAUGUAAUUGUGUUCUAAUCAGACUUGAUGCACAUUCACCCAUUGUACAUGUCAUCAGAGGGACAAAAGCCCCGCCCACUAGUCUCCAUCUCAUUAGCAUAAACAGCAGCCCUGAGUGAGAAGCAGCCGUCUGUCCAUUAGCCAUUAGAGUGUUUGAGCUGCUGAAGAUAAUGUCAGCAUAGACUAAGAGGAUUAUAGAUGUGGAGUUUUAGAUGAACAGAGACAGGAGCGACAUAGACUGACAGAAGCAUCAAGCACACACACAUGCACACCUGACCAGCACUCACAACACACACUGCUGUUUUACAUCUGUCACUAUGGGGACGCACAGCUGUGAUAUGGAGCUGUAAUGCGCUCUAAACCUGCCGGAACUACUUUAACUUUUAUCUGACUACAGCCAAACACCUGAGAGUGACCAUCAGCCAAUCAGAAUCCAGCAGGUUUGUAGUGUAGGUGUUCAUAAAGGGCUGUUCUCCUCUCUGUCUGGCAGUGUUCAGUGUUCCUCCUCCUGGAAUAUAUCACGCAGCUCUUCUAGUGCUCUUUACAGGCUGGAGAAUGAGGAACAUGGCGCGAGAGAUCUUGGCCUUCAUCCUCUGCACCUCAGGCUGGGUGCUGAUCUCCUCCACAUUACCCACAGACUACUGGAAGGUGUCUUCGAUCGACGGCACGGUCAUCACCACAGCCACCUUCUGGUCCAACCUGUGGAAAACCUGCGUGACCGACUCCACCGGCGUCUCCAACUGCAAAGACUUCCCUUCAAUGCUGGCACUGGACGGUUAUAUCCAGGUGUGCCGUGGCCUGAUGAUCACUGCUGUCUGUCUGGGUUUCUUUGGCUCCAUCUUCGCUCUGAUCGGCAUGAAGUGCACUAAGAUCGGCGGCCCGGACAAGUUCAAAGCCAGAGUCGUCAGCUUCGCUGGAUUCAACUUUGCUUGUACCGGUCUGUGCUCUCUGACUGCAUACUCGCUCUACGCUCACAGGAUCACCUCGGAGUUUUUCGACCCCAUGUUUGUCGCGCAGAAGUAUGAGCUGGGCGCCGCUCUGUUCAUCGGCUGGGCUGGAUCCACUCUGUGUCUGCUCGGAGGAGCGCUCUUCACCCUGUCCAUGGCUGACGGCAGCAGCAACAAGAGUUCUCCGAACAGAAGAGUGGCGUCUCUAAUGUCGGGAGCGAUGCCUCAGAGUCAGACGUCUCACACCAGGAGGACUCUUCCAGAAUACAGCAGCACUCCACAGCACUUCGACAAAAACGCCUACGUAUAACACACUCCAGACCUGAUCUGCUAACUCUGAGAUCAGAAGCAAAGAAUAACUCAAUCCAGAGCUUUCACAAGACUACCGUUCAUCUUUACAACACAAAUGAUGAAAUCUGUACAUUUUACUUGCUUUUUAUUGUAGAUGACAAACUGUUUGUAUAACUUGUGCAAAUUUUUAUACUUUUUAUACUCUAAUCAUUGUAUAGGAAAUAUUUCACUGUGAAUACAUCUGAGCAUCGAGUCACGUUCAGUCUCGACGUUCAGUAUAUGACAUUCGACAUUCAGUAUACGCGCAUGAGAGCAGUUCACUGAAUGGCCAGCGGUGUCGCUAACAUCUAGAGUUUCCCAGUCGUGCGUUCAGCCCAAAUUUCUUAAGCUGCAAAAUAUUCAAUGCAUAAGCAUGUUUUAAACCUGGCCUGAUGCUGGGGUCACAACAAAUGCAGACCAGGCGGAAUGAAGACCACACCAUGUGUAGCAUGUUUCCCAUGAUGUGUGUUACAGAGCUCAGCAUAUAUGAGUACACCCCUCACUAAUCUCUCUUCUAAAUUCAUAUUUUUAAUAGGAGCUCUACAAUCUUAUAUUUGUGCAUAUACAUUAGAUUAGUCAGUACUGACGCCAAAUCUGGAGCUCAUCUAACACAAUAACAUUCAAUAACGAUCCCAAAACUAAAACUAGCACAGCCAAAUUUAUAUCAUUCAUUCCUUUUCUUCUCAGCUUAGUCCCUUUAUUAAUCAGGGGUCGCCACAGCAGAACGAACCGCCAACUAUUCCAGCACAUGUUUUGCGCAGAGGAUGCCCUUCCAGCUGCAACCCCUCACUGGGAAACACCCAUACACACUCAUUCACACACACUCCCAUACACUACAGCCAGUUUAGUUCCUCAGUUCCCCUAUAGCGCAUGUGUUUGGACUGUGAGGGAAACCGGAGCACCCGGAGGAAACCCACACCAACACGGGGAGAACAUGCAAACUCCACCUUAAUAAUCAAUGUGAUUAAAAAAUAAAGUUAUUGUUUAAUGAAUAAUGAGUGUAAAGUUAUUGAAUUGUUUCUAAAUAGUAUUGAGUGAUAAGUGAUGGGUCAACAGACUGAG